AUGUCAUCACCUUUUCCGACGCCUCCCGAAGGAUCGGAUCAUUCAAAGCCUUUAAACAAAACUCUUUGGACUCGGAAAGGCUUUUCACAAAAAAGAGAAAGGUUCAGUCCUCCGUCGGUGUUAACCUCCGAGAAAUGGUUUGGGACGAGCUUUGAAGAAGCUUUGGAUGUACAAGAGACAAAUGGGCAUGCAACUUUCCUAGUCUCAUCUUUGGGGCGAAGUCAGCUGCUUAACCUUACCAAUAUAGGUUACGGUAGCGGAUGGGGCGGGCAAGGAGAGCGGCAUUGCUAUAGGUUCGAUUCAUCAAUGUCGGUAUCUCAGUCACAGAUUUCCCAUCAGAGGACUACUACGACUACAUCAUCGUCGGAGGCGGCACCGUUGGCAGCAACGCUAUCUGAGUAUUCUCGGGUUCUGGUGCUUGAAAGGGGCGGUGUUCCGUACGGAAAACCUAAUCUGAUGACCCAAGAAGGCUUCCUCACCACUCUCAUGGAGGUCGACGCUUUCGACUCUCCGGCGCAAGCCUUCACCUCCGAAGACGGCGUCCCCAAUGCCCGACGGGUUCUUGGCGGCAGUAGUGCUUUCAAUGCCGGGUUCUAUAGUCGAGCCGAUCAAGAAUUCUACGGAAGGUCAGGGGUGAAUUGGGACCUCCGAGUGGUGAACCAGUCCUAUGAGUGGGUUGAGAGGGCUAUCGUCUUUAGGCCGGAGCUCAAGAAUUGGCAAUCGGCAGUCAGAGACGGGCUAUUGGAAGCCGGUGUUGAUCCCUACAAUGGGUUUACUUUGGAUCAUUCAGUGGGUACCAAGAUCGGUGGUUCCACAUUUGACAGUUCUGGUCGUAGACACAGUGCUGCUGAUCUUCUCAGCUAUGCCAAAGCUUCGAAUUUUCGAGUGGCAUGCAUAUGA